AGAACCCAUUUCCAGAUCAGAUUUGAAAAAUCCCCCCAAUUAGUUGAAUAGUUUCACUAAAAGAAGGAGGGUUUGGAACCUGUUGGGCAAUGGGUAUCCCGGUAUGAAAAAUAUAUAAAGAGGAUGAAACCACGGCAGAUACACAGCUCAGUGACAGAACACUGUGAUACACAGCAACCUACUGAACAACACCAUGCUCUCAGCACUCAAGUUUCAGAGAACUCCAAGGCACUUUUCCUGCCUGCGACUUCUACACAAAUCUGCAGUUGAAGUGCAGGAAAGGCCUGCCCCAGAGGAGACAGUCACCAGCAGUUUUGGAGGGUUCAUCCACUCUGUGCACCCGGGCCAGCUGUCAGACACUGUGCUGCACCGCAGUAAGAGGAUGAUCCUGGACAGCAUCGGGGUGGGGCUGCUGGGAAGCACCUCCCACGUCUUCCAGCUGGCUCUGCAGCACUGCCAGCAAAUGUAUGCUCCAGAUUACAUCAGUUCAGUCUUUGGUCGAUGGCACACAAGACUCUCUCCGAGUCUGGCAGCCUUUGUCAGUGGAGUAGCGGUCCAUUCAAUGGACUUCGAUGAUACCUGGCACCCAGCCACUCACCCCUCAGGGGCGGUCCUUCCUGCCCUGCUCGCUAUUGCUCAGAUGUUGCCUGGCAACGCCAAGCCCAGUGGGAUGGACCUCCUGUUAGCCUUCAACGUGGGCAUUGAGAUUCAGGGCCGGCUCAUGAGGUUCUCCAACGAAGCCCAAAACAUCCCCAACAGGUUCCAUCCCCCGACUGUGGUGGGCCCUCUGGGUAGUGCUGCUGCCUGCUCCCGUCUGCUCUCCCUGGAUCGCUCGCAGUGCUCAAACGCCCUGGUGAUUGCUGCCUCCCUAGCAGGGGCUCCCAUGGCCAACGCUGCCACUCAAUCCAAACCUCUUCAUAUCGGGAACGCAGCCCGACUCGGCAUGGAGGCGGCACUGCUGGCUUCCCGGGGCCUGGAGGCCAGCACGCUGAUCCUGGACUCGACCCCAGGCUGCGCUGGCUUUAGUGCCUUCUACAAUGACUACCUGCCACAGGCACUGCCCUCCCCAGAGGAACAGGAUCCCCGCUUCCUGCUGGAGGACCAGGACUUAGCCUUCAAGCGCUUCCCUGCACACCUGGGCAUGCACUGGGUGGCAGACGCAGCAUGCUCAGCGCGGGAGCUUUUGGUCAACACCGUAGGGGGGUUCCAUCCCUCUAUGAUUCGGAGCAUCCUACUGAGAAUCCCCCUCUCCAAAUAUAUCAACCGUCCCUUCCCUGAAUCCGAGCACCAGGCCAGACACUCCUUCCAGUUCAACGCCUGCACUGCUCUGCUGGACGGCGAGGUCAGUGUCCAAUCCUUCAGCCCAGCCUUCCUGGACCGCCCCGAGCUGCUCAGCCUCCUGAGCAGAGUACAGGUCGAGCACCCCCAGGACAACCCUGCCAAUUUCAAUAAGAUGUACGCAGAGGUGCUGCUGACCCUCACAACAGGCAAUGUCUUGAAGGGUCGUUGCGACACCUUUUAUGGACACUGGAGGAAGCCACUGAGUCGUGACAGUCUGCUGAAAAAGUUCCGGGCAAAUGCUGGGGCAGUCCUGCCAGGAGAGAGGGUGGACGCCAUCAUUGAUGCCGUGGAGAACAUAAAGGCUUCAUGA